GGUCGGUACUGCUCUGAAGCUGUGACCGUACAAUGGGUGUGCCUUUUACUACUGCUGCUAUUCGAUGAAAUGGAAAAUGUGAAAUAGGGGACAUUUUGGUGCUGUGAAGGAAAGGAGCAGUAAGGACCUUGUUUCGUGUAAACACUGCUCCCAUAUGUCACGAUAAAGUAUGGACGGGUGGAGCCCAAUCGUUGCGACAGCCUCGGAUAACGACCGCUCCAGUUCCGAGGGGGAGUACAUGGUGGAGCCUGGACCCGAAGAUGAAACCCGGGAGGCGGAGGAGGAGGACGGAGAGCAUCGCGGUAAUAAUGUUGACGGCAUGGACGACGGGGGCACCGCUGUCGGGUUCGGAAUAAGUGGGAUUGGGGAAGGCAAGGUGGUGUUGGGUCGAGUCGGACAGAGAGACGACAAAGAGCUGAGGUACCUGCACUUGUUGUGGGAGCCGGGGCGAGCUGAGGUUGGCGCCGGUGGUGUGGCGAGCAAGCUGGGGAAGAUGACGGGGAGCAGGGCCAGGCGGCACCACAGAGCUGCACGGAACCAUGGUCCUAUUGGCAAAGAUAUUUAUGCUGCGAAAAGACUGAGGGAAGCGGCAAACAGCAACGACAUCGACACAGUACGAAAGCUCCUGCAAGACGACAUAGACCCCUGUGCAGCAGACGACAAGGGAAGGACAGCCCUCCAUUUCUCUUCCUGCAAUGGCAAUGAGAGCAUUGUGCAAUUGUUGCUGAGCUACGGCGCUGACCCCAACCAGCGAGACAGUCUUGGGAACACCCCCCUCCAUCUGGCGGCCUGUACCAACCACGUGCCUGUAAUCACCACAUUGCUCAGAGGAGGAGCCCGUGUGGAUGCUCUGGACAGAGCGGGCAGGACCCCUCUGCAUCUAGCUCGCUCCAAGCUGAACAUUCUGCAGGAGGGAGAUUCACGCAGCUUAGAAACCCUGAGAGGGGAAGUCACACAGAUUAUUCAAAUGCUGAGGGAAUACCUGAACCUAAUGGGCCAGAGUGAAGCUAAAGAGAGGCUGGAGCACAUUUCGACACAGUUGCAGCACACACGCACCAAAGAGCAGGUGGAUGAAGUGACUGAUUUACUGGCCAGUUUUACAUCACUCAGUCUACAGAAACAGAAUUUGGGAGAUAGGUAGAAGAUAAAGUGUAUAGAGAGCUGAAGUCCUGCUCCCUCUCAAGCGAGCCUCUUCUCCACUAGCCAUGACCGGACAAGCAAAAGUGGACUGAAACUAAAUGUCUGUCCACAAUACUACUGUACUGGAGUAAAGUAACAUUUGUUAUUUUAACCAAGGCAAAAAUUAUGGUUUUGCUAGCAUUUAACAACUACAGCUUUCACUCAUGGGAUCUGUUAUUGUCCAGCGCUAACAAAAUUAUUUAUAUCUUGGCUAAAAUGACAAGAUGCUCAAAUUUUACUAGAUGCCCAUUUAGCUCAGAAUAUGAAGAAAAAAAAAGACUUGUGUCACAUUAAAGCUUUCUUGAAAGAAAACAAUAAAAGAAGCUAGUGGAACAGAAGCUGACCCAGAAGUGCGGUUGGACCUCGGCUCUCUAUUUUUGUGCGUGUGUGUGUGUGUGUGUGUGUGUGUGUGCGCGCGUGUGUGAGACAGAGUGAGUCACAGCUGUGUGUGUUUGCUGACAUGUUCUCUUUUUUGCCUGCCUUUAUUAGCUAAGUUCUGUGAUGAUUAUUAGACACAUUUCUUAUUAAAUGAUUACGCUGUUUCACAUGUUACACACAUGUAUUUUUUGGUUUCCUUAUCAACAGCAUCUUUGUAUCACGUUGCCUUUUUCUCUUGUAUUGCAUGUUAUGUUUUGGAUGUGAACUGUACUGUAAAAAUGGAUUUUGGCUGUUGUUGGAAGAUGGAUAUAUCUGAAUAAAUACAUUGAAUUCUU